AUGUGCAUAUCUAAGAAGUUUUCCGUUAUAGUUGAGGGAAACAUAGGAUGUGGAAAAUCUACCUUUCUCCGAUACUUUGACAUGAUUUCUUCCAGCGUUGAAGUGCUUCAAGAACCAAUUAACAUGUGGAAAAAUGUCAAGGGAUUUAACCUUUUUGAGCUCAUGUACCAGGACAUCCGUCGCUGGGCUGUACCCUUUCAAGCAUGCGCACUUUCCACUCUUCUUCAACGAUCCAAAAUUAAUCAGAAUGCCCCGGUUCGCCUUCUUGAGCGCUCUCUUCACAGCAGUCGAUACUGUUUUGUCGAAGCGAUCCGUGAAAACGGGGAUAUUUCAGAGGCAGACUACAGAGCACUCCAUGAGGCCUACCAGUGGGGAAUAAAGCACGAUGAAUCAAAGACCGAUUUAUUUAUUUACCUUCGAUCGAGCCCUAGAAUAUGUCUUUCGAGGAUUAAACAGAGAAACAGACCCGGUGAAGAAUGUAUACCUUUGGCCUACCUAGAACAACUCCACAAAUUCCAUGAUGAAUUAUUGCUGGAAAACAAAUAUGGGUUGCCGGCCCCAAUUAUCGUUUUCGAUUGCGACGAGUCUUUGGAAAAACUAAAAACAACUUUCUUUGACCAAAGGCGGCAGGUACUUUGUGGUGUCGAAUGA